UGAAAAAUUAUUCAUCCGGCGACAGAAAAAGUCCUGGAAGGAAAUAUAUUUGUAUAAUUUAUUUUAGGCGUCAUUUUAUGUCUUCCUUGAAUUGGUAAAAGCCUCACAACAGAAAGAGUACCCAUAAUCAAUCCACCGUCUCCGCCCUCCUCCGACCUUGCCUUUCUGCCCCUUCAAUAUCAGAUUUGUAGGGUAUUUUCAGCAUGGACACCAAUAAUUGGAGACCUAUCCAAGGUGGGGAACCCACGAUGGACACCACAGAUUGGAGAACUCAAUUGCAGCACGAUUCGAGACAACGUAUUGUCAACAAGAUAAUGGAUACAUUGAAGAAGCAUCUCCCUUUCUCUGGCCAAGAGGGAUUGCUUGAACUGAAGAAAAUUGCUGAAAGGUUUGAAGAAAAGAUUUACAGUGCCGCCACAAGCCAGUCUGAUUAUUUACGGAAAAUUUCACUGAAGAUGCUGACAAUGGAGACUAAGUCCCAGAACAAUAAUAUACCCAACCCGUUGCCAUCCAACCCUGCUAAUAGCAGACCCACAGAUCCAGGUUCUAUUGUCAUGCCACCUCAAGUACACAAUCAAGGGCAAUCACUUGUAAUGCCACUGUCAUCUAAUCAGAGUCAAACACGACAACAACUACUAUCUCAGAAUAUUCAGAAUUCUGCUGCUGUUCAGAGUUCUUCCAGCAUAUCAUCUACUCUUCCUCCCCCCACUAGCUUAAGUCAGACUUCUAUCCCAAAUGUUGUUGGCCAAAAUCCAAAUAUGCAAAAUAUGUCUAGUAGUUCACAGAAUCCAGUAGGGUAUGCUAAUACUCAGAGACAAGUGCAAGGAAGGCAACAGGUCCCACAACAACAGCAACAAUCUCAAAACCCACAGUCUCAGUAUCUCUACCAGCAACAGUUACAACAGCAGACUUUAAAGCCGAAGUUCCAACAGGGGAAUAUUCCCCAGUCAAUGCUCCAGACUCAUAUGCAGCAACAGCAACAGAACCUAUUGCAACCAACUCAAUUGCAAUCAUCUCAGCCAGCUGCUGUGCAAACAUCAGCUUCCAUGCAACCUCCCAUGAUGCAAUCAUCUCUGCCAAGUCUUCAGCAGAAUCAGUCCUCUAUUCAACAACCAUCAAAACCCAUGCUCCAGCAACAUCCACAAUCUGUUCUUAGAUCACAGCCACAAACUCAACAAUCUUCUGUUGCUCAUCAACAACAAACACAAAUGUCACAGCAGCAGCUUAUGAAUCAACAGCCAAAUUCUACAAAUAUGCAACAAAGCCACUUAAUUGGACAGCAGAACAAUGCUGGGGAUUUACAGCAGCAACAGAGACUUCUUAGCCAGCAGAAUAAUCUCCCAAACCUGCAACAACAACAACAACAGUUAAUGGCUCAGCAAAAUAACAUAUCAAAUUUGCAUCAGCAACAGUUAGUCCCCCAGAGUAAUGGGUUACAGCAGCAACUGCAUGGAACUCAGACCAGUAACUCUAACUCAAGCAUGCAGACUAAUCAGCACUCCGUACACAUGUUACAACAACAAUCCAAAGCUCCAAUGCAGCAACAAUCGCAGCCGAGUGGAUCUAAUUUGCUACCAACUCAGGCACAACAAUCACAACCACAACAGCAAAUGUUGUCACAAAUUCAGUCACAGCCGCAGAUGCAGCAACAGUUAGGUUUGCAACAACAGCCAAAUUCACUGCAGCGUGAAAUGCCACAAAGGCUUCAUGUGUCGGGUCAAACUUCAGGAUCAUUGCCUCCAACACAACAUGUAAUUGAUCAGCAAAAGCAGUUAUACCAAUCACAGAGACCCCUUCCAGAGACAUCAUCAACAUCUGUUGAUUCAACUGCCCAAACUGGACAUGCCAACGGAGGUGAUUGGCAAGAGGAGGUUUAUCAGAAGAUCAAAACAAUGAAGGAACUGUACUUACCUGAACUUCUUGAAAUGUACCAUAAAAUUGCUGGCAAAUUACAACAGCUUGAUUCUCUUGCACAACAACCACCAAAGUCAGAGCAGCUUGAGAAGCUGAAAUUAUUUAGGAACACGUUGGAACGUGCUAUUCAAUUCUUACAGGUUCCAAAAGGUAACGUGAUUCCUGGGUAUAAGGAGAAACUGGCUCACUAUGAGAAACAAAUAAUAAGUUUUAUUAAUACAAAUAGGCCGAGGAAGCCUGUUUCUCAAUUGCAACAAGGGCACCCCUCUUCUCAUAUGCAGUCCACUCAGCAGCCACAGUCUCAAAUUAAUCAAGUCCAAUCUCAUGAAAACCAAAUGAAUUCUCAAUUGCAAUCAAUGAAUGUGCAAAGUUCUGUGGGAACAAUGCAGCAGAACAAUUAUACGAGCUUACAACAAAACACUCUGUCUCCUUUGUCCGGAGUUUCAACAACUCAGCAAAAUGUGAUGAACCCAUUGCAGUCCAGUUCUAACGUGGAUUCAGGACAAGGAAAUGCUAUGAACUCAUUGCAGCAGGUUUCUUCGAAUUCUCUGCAGCAAAUUCCUGUGAGUGCUCCCCAACAUGCAAACAUUAAUGCCAUGUCAUCCCAGAAUGGGAUCAAUGUGCUGCAGCCAAAUGUCAAUAACCUUCAGUCGAAUUCCAAUAUGCUUCAGAACCAGCAACAUAUGAAGCAACAACACGAGCAGCAAAUGUUACAGUCCCAACAAUUCAAGCAACAAUAUCAACAGCGACAGAUGCAGCAGCACUUAAUGCAGAAGCAGCAAUUAUUGCAGCAGCAGCAACAACAUCAACAGCAGCAGCAGCAACAACAAUUACAGCAGCAAGCAAAACAACAACUUCCUGCUCAGUUGCACGCGCACCAAAAUCAAAUGCAGCAUCAUCAAAUUAAUGAUGUAAAUGAUUUGAAGACUAGACCAAGUAUGGUCAUGAAGUCAGGAGUCUUUCAGCAACAUCAUCCCGCUGGUCAACGUGCUGCUUAUCCCCAUCAACAGUUGAAAUCUAGCUCUUCCUUUGCGAUGUCCUCAAAUCAACUCCUCCAGGCCUCAUCACCUCAAAUUUUGCAACAUUCUUCUCCACAAGUGGAGCAGCAGAACCUGCUGCCACCUCUUACCAAAACUGGAACACCAUUACAAUCUGCUAGCUCACCUUUUGUUGAUCCAUCUCCAUCAACUCCUUUGGUUCCAUCCCCAAUGCCCAGCGAUUCUGAAAAACCCCUUCCAGGUGUUUCCUCACUUGUAAAUGCUGGGAAUGUUGGACAACAACAAACUAGUGUUGUUACUCCAGCUCAAUCCCUUGCCAUCGGCACCCCAGGAAUAUCAGCCUCUCCUUUGCUUGCAGAGUUUAGUGGUCCUGAUGGCACUCACGGAAACACUUCGGUAUCUGUUUCUGGCAAAUCAAGCAUUACAGAGCAGCCACUAGAUCGUUUAAUUAAAGCGGUUAGCAAUGAUGAUAUCUUCCAUGUUGAUUUUAGUGUAAAGUCGAUGUCACCUAAGGCAUUGAGUGCUUCUGUCAGUGACAUUGGGUCUGUUGUCAGUAUGAUUGAUAGGAUUGCAGGAUCAGCUCCAGGCAAUGGAUCUAGAGCUGCAGUUGGUGAGGAUUUAGUUGCUAUGACAAACUGUCGUUUACAAGUAAGGAAUUUCAUGGGCCACGACGGAACUAAUGGGACUAGGAAAAUGAAGCGUUACACAAGUGCCAUGCCCUUAAAUGUUGUAUCAUCAGCCAGUAGCAUUAAUGAUAGUUUUAAACAGCUUAUUAGUUUAGAAACUUCUGAACUAGAGUCAACUGCAACAUCUGGUAUCAAGAGGCCUAAGAUAGAGGUUAAUCAUGCUCUUAUACAAGAAAUUAGGGAAAUAAAUCAGCGACUUAUUGACACAGUUGUUGAUAUUAGCAAUGAAGAUGUUGAUCCAAGUGUAGCAGCUGCUACUGUUGAAGGGGGUAAAGGGACUAUUGUCAAGUGUUCUUUCAGUGCUGUAGCACUCAGCGCGAACUUGAAAUCACAGUAUGCUUCAGCACGAAUGUCUCCAAUACAGCCAUUGAGGUUGCUUGUUCCCACAAAUUAUCCCAACUGUUCCCCUAUACUGUUGGACAAAAUUCCAGUGGAAGUCAGCAAGGAAUAUGAAGAUCUUUCAGUAAAAGCCAAGUCAAGGUUUAGCAUAUCUCUUAGAAGUCUCUCGCAACCUAUGUCUCUUGGGGAAAUAGCUAGGACGUGGGAUGUCUGUGCCCGUGCCGUUAUUUCUGAGCAUGCUCAGCAAAGUGGCGGUGGCAGCUUCAGCUCCAAAUAUGGGGGUUGGGAGAACUGUUUGAGUGCCGCUUAAUUGUUGAUGCUGUGAUCUAAUGCAAAGCAUUAGUUGAAGCAGACUCUGUAUAUGGCCCCACAGUUGCGGCAGGAAGAUAAGUAGUGUAUAGCUAAUAUUUCAGUGACGAAGUUCCUCUAAGGCGAGAUUGAUUUACUGUAUAUUCUGACUUGGUAAGCUCUUCACGUUUGUUAUUAGAAUUCGUAUAGCUUUGUAUAUGUGUAAGAACGCAUGAAUUUAGGCAUAUGAUUUUACUAGUAUAUAUUUUCUUUUA